AUGAAGCUCUUUUUUGCCUUUCUCCCUCUUCUUGGCUGCGCUCUUGGGCUGGCGCAAGACUUACAGCCUGAUAGUUGUGUAGCGACGUGCCCACCACCGGAUUGCUCGGCUGCUAUUGGUGCACUGGAAUCAUGCAAGUGCCUCAACGAGCGAGAAUACGCGUGCAAGGCCAAAUGCCCUGACUACACUCCGCGCAUUCUGCACUGCCCUCGCCUUCCAGUAUCGACAGUCAGCAUACCAGAGCCCGCUCCUACGGCAUGCGUUUGCGAAGAAGUUUUCUGCGUUCUUUCCUUUCCCGAGGGCUGCUACUGUCGCAACAACGCUACUCAAGCGUGCUUCGAGAAGUGCGGUGGAGAAGAGCCAACCUAUCAGGACUGCACACUCCCCAUUGAUGAAUUGGACAUUCGAGCUCCCGAACCUGAGCCAGUCCCAGCUCCAGCUCCAGUCCCAGUUCCGGCACCGCAGGAAGAGACUUGUGUGUGCGAAGAGGUUAUAUGCGUCCUUUCUUUCCCGGAGGGUUGCUACUGCCGUAACAACGCGACGAGAGCUUGUUUCGAGAAGUGUGGUGGCGCAGAACCGAUGUAUCAAGAUUGCAGUCUUCCUGACGUCGAGACUCGUGCCCCAGAGCCUGUACCCGAGCCGCUCCCCUUACCGGAGCCACAGGCAGAUACUUGUGUAUGCGAAGACGUUGUAUGCAUCCAGUCAUGGCCAGAGAGCUGUUAUUGCCGCAAUGAUGCCGAUAAGGCAUGUUACGAGAAAUGCGGUGGUAUAGAGCCAGUCUACCAGGACUGCACUGCUGUAGACAAUGUGGUCGCUCGUGCUCCAGCACCAGAGCCCGUACCCGAGCCAGAAGCCCAGGCUUGCGUCUGCGCACCUGGUCCCCAUUUUUGCCCUCAGGUCUGGCCCGAUUCUUGCUACUGCGACUACAAUGCAGCAAAAGCGUGCUCCGACAAGUGCGGCGGUUCCGCACCACCAUUUCCAACGCAAUGCCCUCCUCUGAAUGCUCCUUCGGUCGAAGCGCGUGUGGCAGACCCACAGCCUGUGCCUGCCCCAGCCUCACCUCCACCAACUUGCGAAUGUCCUCUGGUAAACUGCAUCUCGACUUGGCCUGAAUCUUGCUACUGUCAGAAUGCUGCCAAGGAAAGAUGUUACGAGCUGUGUGGUGGCAAGAAACCUCUUCUUCAGGUCUGUCCACCUUACCCUAUCUCCACUCUCUUGACCAUCACGGCCACACCCGUCCCGCUUCCCGUACCCAUCACCCCCGUGCCCCUUCCUUCACCCAUCACUCCCCGCCAGGCUACCCCCACCAAUCAAAUCUGUGGCGGCGGUCGUGCAAGCCAAGUCCUCGACUGUCCUGCGGGUCAGAUCUGCAUCACCGAUCCAUUCAAACCGGGUUCCUGCGGUCCCGCCUGUGACCAGCUGGGUAUCUGCGUCGGGGAGAAGCUGUGUGGUGGGUUUGCAGGAUUCGAGUGCGAUAUACCGGGUCAGGUUUGUGUUGAUGAUCCGAGAGAUGACUGUGAUCCGCUGAAUGGUGGGAGUGAUUGUGGGGGUUUGUGUGCUUGGCCACAGUGA